GGCGCACAGUGUGGAAGCAGAUGGAAUGGCCAAAGAGAGCUUUUGUGUGCUAUAUGUGCACAAAAAAAAUGUUAGCACAUCAUCUAAAGUAAAUUGAUAACACACAGGCUCCGUUGGAGAUUCAAAUUAAAUUACUGAAUAUGAUGUUUUAACUAAUUAUUACACACCAUUUAGCACCUUUUGUGACUCAGUUUUCUUCUUUCUUGAGUAAAUUGUGCGAACAUGCAUUACGAUCAAAAUGUUUACCUACAUCUCGGGCUUUGAGUGCGAGAGAGAUUCUUACAUGAUUCUUGUGCGCGAUGUCGUCUCCGUGGUUGUUUUUAGUGCCCCACCACAAUAUCCUCACACGUCCAUACUCCACGGGGUAUAUAAAAGCGCGUUGUUUCGAAUGAUUUUUGAAGAUCACAAAAGUGCGACAAAGUGUUAAAAAAAAUUGAAGUGUAAAAAAGUUUGUGGUAAAAUGACGACAAUUCUGAGGAUCACAACGCUGCUUUUGGUUGCUGUGGCUGCUAUUGAGGCUUUACCGCCAUAUCAGGGUCCCACAAAGACAGGGAAGAUUCAACAUUUAUCCGAAUACUACGCCAAUGAUCAUCCUGAUGCUCGUCCUCAGGCCCCAAGUCGUCCAACUCCCAUUAAUCCGGAUAUUGUGAGUGAACCAAAACCCGAGGAGAAGAUUCACAUUAUCAAGGAUGCCAAGGACGUUAAGGAUGUCAAGGAAGUGGAUAAGAAGGCCGAAGAAGCUCCUGCCCAUCGUAGGCGAAGGUAUGUCGAUGAUAGUGAAGCCCAGGAUCAACCUACAACGCCCAAACCAACAAGAGCUUGGUGGCGACGAAUGAACUUUGCUCGUACCACUGAAGAACCCGAGAAGGCACCUGAAAACCCCAAAGAAUCCGCUGAAGCUGUAAAAGAAGAUUCCAAAAAGGAUCCCUCUGACAAGGAUGCUUCACACGAAGAAAGCUCUUCGAAGGAAUCCACAGAGAAGAAGGAAAGUUGCGAAAGUAAUGAAGAAACAUCCAAGGAGGAGGGACACAAGGAUGGCAUUAAAAUCCAGCACAUUCACACUGAACCUUUACCAGUUAUUCAGCCUCAUGUAGUGUUCAAAUGAGUAAAGAUAAAAUGUUAAUUCUUUUUUUUUGUUACAAGACAGGCAAAUUAAAUUAUUUACCAUCUCACGGCGUUCAUCUUUAUUUACCCACAAAACUUUCACACACGCGCCAGAGGAUUGCACAAUGGUGGCUUUUCCUUUUUUUUUUCUCUUUAAUUUUCUCAUUUUUUAUAAAUCAAAUAAUAUUUAUUUUAAUCUCACUAAAAUGUCCUUAAUCUGGAUACAUUGUCAUGUAAAUCUUUUCUCUUUUUAUUUUCGUCAUGUUUAUCUCUUCACUACAAUGUAAAUGUUUAUUUCUUUUUUUUAUUUAUUAAUGUGGUAUAAUAAAAUAAUUAUUACCUA